AUGAGUUAUCCUAUUCAACCCACAUUCGAGAAACUCUAUGAGAUUAUAGAAGCAGAUAGACAGUCGUACAGUGCCCAGACAGUACCUAAUCUGUACCCGAUAUAUGCUUACUUCUCCGCUGAGUAUCUUUCUCCGCACUUGGCAUAUCUUAAACUUACCAAAUUAGGAGACAGUUCUGCUCAUAGGUUUCCGUCUUUCCUUUUUGAAAGUACAAAGAAUGGUGAACAAGUGUCGAGAUUCUCCUUUAUGGGAGUCAACCCUAGAAAGAUUAUUACAACUGGUCCUCUACAAGGAAAAGAGAUUGAUCCUUUAAUUCUUCUGGAACAGGAGCUGAAGAAUGUCCGCCAGGCACAGUUACCUGGUAUCCCUAUACUAAGCGGUGGUGCAGUUGGAUACAUAUCAUACGAUUGUAUCAAAUACUUUGAGCCUACUACCAGAAGGCCAUUGAAAGACGUUUUAAAAUUGCCUGAGGCAGCGUUGAUGCUUUUCGAUCAGAUUUUGGUCUUUGAUAAUGCGUUCCAGAGGUUCCAGGCGAUUGAUAAUGUUAGAAUUAAUCCUUCGGAUACCAAAAAAGACAUUGAAUUGAAGUAUCUUGCCGCCGAAAAGCAGCUUCGUAAGGUUGAAAAAGUGUUGACGGAUCAUUCUUUGCCAGUUCCGUAUCCUCCACAGCCACCGAUUAAGCAGGGUAACAAUUUUAAGUCCAAUAUUGGAGAAGAAGGUUAUGAAACGUUUGUACGGGAGCUUCGUCAGCAUAUCCUUAAGGGAGACAUCAUUCAGGCUGUUCCAUCACAGAGAGUUGCUAGACCAACUACUGUGCAUCCCUUUAAUAUUUACAGACAUUUGAGAACCGUUAAUCCUUCUCCGUACAUGUUUUAUAUCGACUAUCUGGACUAUCAAUUGGUGGGAGCAUCACCUGAGAUGCUUGUUAAAUCUGACUUUGACGAUAAGAUUAUCACCAGGCCUAUUGCGGGUACCAUUAUGCGUGGUAAAACUGCAGAAGAAGACGACCGUCUUGCCGCCACUUUGAGGUCCUCUUUGAAGGACCGGGCAGAGCACGUAAUGUUGGUUGAUCUUGCCAGGAACGACGUUAACAGGAUCUGUCAGCCCAAGAAAACCAGUGUCGACAGAUUACUUACCAUUGAGAGGUUUUCGCACGUUAUGCACUUGGUUUCUGAAGUGAGCGGCACCCUUAGACCGGGAAAAACUAGAUUCGAUGCCUUCAGAUCGAUUUUCCCUGCUGGUACUGUGUCCGGAGCUCCAAAAGUGAGGGCCAUGCAGCUAAUUGGAGAGCUUGAGAAGGAGAAACGUGGUGUUUAUGCAGGUGCUGUGGGUCACUGGUCCUAUGAUGGAAAGACAAUGGAUACGUGUAUUGCCCUUAGAACUAUGGUGGUUAAGGAUGGUGUGGCUUAUUUGCAAGCAGGUGGUGGUAUAGUAUAUGAUUCUGACCCACACGAUGAGUACAUAGAGACUAUGAACAAGAUGAUGGCCAAUAUUAACACGAUUGUGGAGGCAGAGAAUGUCUGGUCCCAAAGGUUGAAGGAUAAUAAGUACGAAAGUGAUACCGAAUGA